AUGGAGACAGGUGAUAUUUUGGAUAUGAAACCAGCAGGCUCCUGUUUUCCUCCUGUCGUCAUUGCAGAAGAACCUCCUCCUCCACCUCACCUGCUGCUUUGGGAAUAUAAAAGGUGCUUGCUUUCCCCACAGUAUCACCACAUUAUAUCGCCACACAAAGAGGUUGGAUUGGUUUCUAACGUUUCUGUCUUUGUAUCAUCAGGGCCAGAGCACCUACAACUCACCAUGUCAAUGGGAAUGGAAAUUGGGGGCAUUGCCCUGGGUAUAAUAGGCUGGAUUAUAGCUAUUGUAACCUGCGCUCUGCCUAUGUGGAAGGUCUCGGCUUUUGUUGGAGCUAACAUUAUCACAGCGCAGGACAUCUGGGAGGGCAUCUGGAUGAACUGUGUGGUUCAGAGCACUGGACAGAUGCAGUGUAAGAUGUAUGACUCCAUGCUGGCUCUUACUUCGGACCUUCAGGCAGCCCGUGCUAUGUGCGUCAUCUCCAUCAUCCUUGGUGUGCUGGGCUUAAUGAUCUCCAUCAUGGGUGCAAAGUGCACCAACUGCAUUGAGGAAGAGGCAUCCAAGGCAAAAGUCAUGAUCAUCUCUGGCAUCUGCUUCAUCCUCUCCGGCCUCCUGACACUUAUCCCGGUGUCCUGGACAGCCAGCACCAUCGUUCAGAAUUUCUACAACCCAUUAUUGCUGUCCUCUCAACGCAGGGAGUUGGGAGCAUCACUGUACAUAGGCUUCGGGGCUGCUGCCCUUCUGAUCUUCGGAGGAGCACUGCUGUGCUGCACCUGUCCACCACGUGAGGACAGGUACAAGCCCCCGCAAAAGAACUAUACUGCCACUCGCUCUGUCAGUGGAUACGGGAAGGACUAUGUAUGAAAUUCUUUAAACGACAGGUAAAGGAAGACAAAAGAAAACAAGUUUAAUUAAGAAGACAAAGAAUCUUCUGAAUAGACUCCGAGAUGAAGGGCUGUGUUAUACUGUUCGUAUUUGCUUUGUGUUGUGUUUGCUGUGCACAUUUGGAAUUGCUUUUAAGAAUGUACCUGUUGAAUGAGGAUUUGCAAAGCGAAAUAGUUGAAUAUAAUGGCCUUGCCUUCACAUUGUUGGUUUGAAUGCAGCUAGUUAUAUUUAAAUACAUGUUUUAGUCUUUUUUUUGUUUUAGUCUUUAACUAGUCUGUGCUAUGAUGCUCUAUGACUAUACUCAGGAAGAGGGGACGCACUGCUUUUUUACAUGCAUUUGCUUAUGAAAAUCAGAGCUGGAAGAGAAACUGAAGGCUCGCAUGAAUGAUGACUGAGACCUACGAUGUUUUUAUUUUCUUCUACAAGCUUUAAGAAUUUAAAUGGACUCAUUUUGUCUUUGUAUUUUAAUUUGCAGCUUACCCUUUUUAUUUAUUGUGUCAAAAUUCUACUAAACCUUGUUAAAUGAUUUGAAAUGAAGUGAUACAGACUAUGCUGUCCUUUAUUCUUUUAACUAAAUGCUUAAGAUUUUGAGCAGAAUUUAACUCAAAAUUGUACGAAAGAGACUUUUGUGAUAUAUUAAAAAACCUGAAAAUGUG